UCUAAAUGAAAUUGAAUAAAGUCUACUUCCGUUAUGGUUUCGCAGUACGACUGAAAGUGAGUAAAACCACUGGCAUAGAAUAGUUGCUGUCAUUCUAGAUCGUGCACUCACCAGGUUGAGUCUCUGAGUGCAUUGUAAAGAUGGCGGACGACGUAAAUUCCGAUUCUGAUGAUGAGAUCGAAUACUCAGGGAUGAUACAACCCCCUCUCAUUAAACAGUUGCAAACUAUUCUGAGUGAAUAUCCCGAUGAUGGACAAAUUCUUAAGGAAAUCAUCCAAAAUGCAGAGGAUGCUGGCGCCUCGGAGAUGAAGAUUCUUUAUGAUGCCAGACCAGCAGUGCAAGAACCUUCAACAAAGAAAGCUCCGUUUAGAAAGUAUUUCAAGGGACCUGCACUAGUAGUUCAUAACAACGCAGAGUUCACUGAAGAUGACUGGAAAGGAAUAAAGAUGUUAUACAGCAGCAUAAAAGAGUUUGACAAGACCAAGGUUGGACGAUUUGGUCUUGGAUUCAAAUCUGUCUUUCACAUAACAGAUUAUCCAGUUAUCAUAAGUGGAGACCAGCUACUAGUAUUGGACCCACAUCAAGAUUCCUCAAAGGUCUGUCAGACCAUGAAACUGAAGAAACUUCACAGAUACAAGAAAAUGAAUAUAGAAGACUGCCUUAAGACUUUCUCAGGUGUGUUUGGGUUUGAUCAAAAUACUCUAGAAAGUGGACACUUUCGAGGAACCAUAUUUAGAUUUCCUCUGCGCCAAGAGGAAACAGAUCUUUCGGACAACAUUUAUGACAAAUCCAAAGUGGACGACCUGUUUAUGUCAUUCAAGGAUGAGGCCCCAGUAUCAUUACUCUUUUUAAAAUGCCUUGAAAGUAUCACUUUACUUCGAGAAGAAAAUGAAUCAAAGACAGGAGACAUAGGUGAAAAGAUUUUUUCUGUUCAUAUAGACGAGACUACCAUUGAAGCAGUACAGUCUGCAAGAAAUGACAUGCGAUCAAAGAUUCUAGGUUUACGAAAUGACUUACCAUCAAAAGCAAUACUAAAUAGUUAUUACAUGAAAAUAUGUGUGGAAGAUGAUGGUUUGGUUGUGUCAAGAAGGACGUGGAAGGUAAUGAAUUUGUUUCAAGGAAAAAACAACAUGUCCUCAAAAUUGCGAAAACUUUCCAAUGAUGACUCUCUGUCUUACAGUCCCUAUGUAGGUGUAGCUAUGGAUAUGGAUUGUCCUUUAGACUUGAAAGGUCACGUUUUCUGCUUUUUACCACUUCCAUUAACAGAGAAAAGCAUUAGUGGAUUGCCAAUUCAUGUAAAUGGAUUUUUUGCUCUAAGUCAAAGCAGACGAUUUGUGAAAUGGCCGACCGCUGACCAGAUACGUAAUCAUACCCACACAGAUAAGUCAAUUCAGUGGAACCAAGCACUCGUUAUUGAAGUUUUAUCAGAGGUCUACUCCAUUUUUCUUCAGGAGUUAGUAGAAGAAAGUGCAAGGCACGAAGACUUGAGCGAACGCACAGCAACUGUAUCACACUGCAUUCCGAAUGCAAAUGUUGUUGAUGAACACUGGGCCAUUCUUAUAUCCCCCUUGGUAGAAAAAUUGAAAAAUACACCCGUCUUUUUUACCACCAACGAAGGAGGAAAAUGGAUACCCAAGAACCAGGCUGUCUUUUUGAGACCAAAUAAGAUCCCAUUCUCAGAACAUGAAAUGGAGUCAACUAUUAGGAGAAUACUUGAAUUGUAUCAACAAAAUACUGUGGAGGUGAAAGAUCAUGUGUGGGAUACAAUGAGACUGCAAGGACAACAAGAAGUUUCACCAGGCUUUAUCAACAGGAUUUUAAGAACUUCAGAUGCAUAUACCAGCUGCAACAAUGAUGACAAAUUCAAUCUGAUCAGAUAUCUUCUUAGUGCUGGACAAUACAAUUCCCUUGAAGGUUUAAAUCUUGUUCCUCUGCAAAAUGGUGACUUCAUUAAAUUUAAUCGAAACAACACCAAAUCAAGCGAUAUAUACAUGGUCCCUCCAUCAAAGAUGAAAUUACUCGUUGGAAUGGGAGAUAGAAUGCUUACAAAUCUACCUACAGACAUUCUAGACUUGGUAAAAGCCAUCAGUGAAAAAGGCAUUUAUCAGAUUCGAAUUUUACAAGAGCAAAGCUUUAUUCAUCUUUUCAAAGAAACAGUCCAGAAGAACAUUGGUUUUGGGCAAUGUCCAAUAAGAUGGAAGUUAUCCGAUUCUAGUGUUGAAUGGCUAAGAAUGGUAUGGGAAUGCAUUGUUAAAGAGUUUUCACAAAAGUUAGAAGUGUUUCAAGAUCUUCCCCUAAUUCCAGAAAAAAUCAACGAAAAUGAAUAUCAGAUGCAUGCGCUGAAAGAAAACAUCUUAGUUGGAAAUAUAUCUGAAAAUAUCUCAACAUGUUUGGAUAUGCUGUCGAUUAAAGUUUUAGGAGGUUUUCCAAAAUACAUAUCAGUACAUCCACAGUUAGAUCACUUUAUUCCUGCUGUGUCUGUAAUGAAUGUAGUGAAUGCCAUUGCUUUGCUGGGUCAGAAGUCUAGCUGGGAGGAUAUAGUCAGCCAGUUCAACAACCAAUGCACUGCUGACCAAAAAACUGAUUUUUUGCAAUUCAUCAGCAAGGAACGUCAAAGAAUGGGAACCUUUUCAGUGCAGGUAUUGAAAUCGUUAAAGAUUUUUGCAACACAGCAAAAGUUCGUAAGCAUACGGGACAAUGGAAAUUUAUUGACAAAAGAUUUACCUGUGUUUUAUCCAUCUGAAGUCGUCAAAACUUCAGACAAAAAAGUUAUCUAUUUUGCCAAAGAGCUUGGUGCCCAUGAACUACAAGAUGCUGAAAUAUUCUCUAAUGUUCUAACAUGCGUAUUGAAAGGAAACGUCUACAAUAAAAAGGAAACACAGGAUGUCAUGAAAUAUACGAUAGAAAAAAAGAUAUACAACAUGAAUAGCACCAUGUUUCAGCUGGUGAAAAGCAUACCUUUUGUCACUACAGGAACAAAUAAUCAGAGGACAGCAGCAGAAUUAUUUGAUCCUGAAGAUGAGAUUAUUUGUAAUCUUGUAUCAGAUAGAUCAAAAUUUCCAUCUCCAAGCAUUCAACAUAAAGGAAUCAAGGUUUUGCGAAAGCUUGGACUAAAAUCUAGAGAACAUGUUUCCUCAGAGGAUAUCUAUCAUGCUGCCAAAGCUGUGCAUGAAAGCAGCAUUGAAAAUAAGGAAGUAACCGCUGACGUAAUAGCAAAGCAGUCUGCAAUUUUCAGAAUUCUCACAGAGAGGGAAGCCUUAUUGACUGAGUAUAUUACGGGCUCUAAUGCAUAUCUAAAAAACCUGUUGAUGGAUAUGGAAAUUGUUUUACCAUAUCAAGCUCCAGCUUUACCAUUACCAAAUUUGAUGUGGUUCAGAUAUCAACAUUUCUUUUGUAAGCCUUCUCAGGUAUUCAAUUGCGAAUAUUGGGAUCUUAUUGGACAUGUUGCUCCAGUUAUUUCACCUAACACCUCUACUAAUCUUAUCCAGCAUUUUAGAUGGAACAGAAAACCUGAUUUGGAAGUUGUUUUGCAACAGCAUUCAUUAUAUGUUGACAACUACCAAGAAAAAUACAAAUCGGAGUAUAUUCUUCCAAUUAAACGGCUUUAUACAUAUCUAGCUGAGAUUAGUAUGUUGAGGAACUGCAUAAACAUCUGCGUGGACAGAAUGUGGAUGGGCGAUGGUUUUAUUCAACCGGAUCAAAUCUAUAUAAACAGAUGUCCAGACGACAUAGAUAUCAAGCCUUAUCUUGUGCCACUGCCAACAGAAUUUUUAACAAAUGGCAUAGAACGAUUAGCAGAACAUCUUGGCUGUAAGAAAAAGCAAACAACAGAAAGCCUUAUUUCUAUUUUGAACGUCAUAAAAUCUUAUCAUGAGCAAAAUAAUUCGGAAAAAGACCGCAUUCGGUUCGAUAUGGAUAUUAUAAUUCGAAUCCUGAACAAGUUAAAAACUGUUUCUGAGGUCGGGAACAUGAAUGUACCAAUACCGAUUCAUUCUACAAAUGAAACAAAACUGGAAUUCAAAGAAGCAAGUGAAUGUAAUUACUGCAAUGCCGAAUGGUUGAAGGAGUUGGCGGAAGAGGAUGGUGAAUCGAUGUAUUUUGUUCAUGAGGAUGUUUCGUCUGACACUGCAGCAAAAUUGGGUGUUCCUUCUCUCACAGAAAAUUUACUAUCAGAGACUGAAGGAAUUCAGGAAUGGGGACAAAAAGAACCAUUGACGAGGCGCAUCAAAAAUCUGCUAAAAGACUACAAAGACGGCUUUGUGGUCCCAAAAGAAUUGGUACAAAAUGCAGAUGAUGCAAAGGCCACUAAAGUUUGCUUUUUAUACGAUGAAAGGGAAAAUAUGGAUUGUCGCACAAGACUUAUUGACGAAAGCAUGGUAUCUUGCCAAGGACCAGCACUGUGGGCAUUCAAUGAUGCUUUAUUCUCUCAAAAAGAUUUAGAAAAUAUAACAAAGCUAAGUGGAGCAACAAAAGCAGACGAUUUGACAAAAGUUGGAAAAUUUGGUCUCGGAUUUUGCUCUGUUUACAAUUUAACUGAUGUCCCAAGCUUUAUAACAGGUUCUAAUAUGGUGAUAUUUGACCCACAUGCCAAAUACAUCGGAAAGGCUGUCAAGAAAAAUAACCCAGGAUUGAAAAUAGAUCUCACUGCAACGAAAAACAAAAUUCUACUUCGCAGGAUGAAAAACCAGUUUAAGCCUUUUAAUGGGAUAUUUGGAUGCAAUCUGGAUUCAGAAGAUCCUUCAUUCAAAGGAACCCUAUUCCGAUUCCCAUUUAGAACAAAGGAACAAGCUGUGAACAGUGAAAUAAGUGAUAAAACCUAUAAUGAACAAGAAAUUCAGAGCAUGAUUCAAUUGUUUGUGGAAAAUGCAGGAAAUUUGCUUUUGUUUACUCAGCAUGUCAAACAAAUUGAGUUCUUUUAUCUACCGAAGGAUAGUCCUGAAACUGAUUUAAUUCUUUUGCAUCGAGUGCAUAGAAAAGAAGAUUCUCAAGAAGAUCUCCAAAUACUACCAACAUUUGGAUUAGCUAUGCAACACUAUCAAAAGAAUUGGCAAGAGAUUCCUCAACAAGUUUUGCAGACUUUGAAAGUAACUAUUUUGACAGAGUUGACAAAUGAGUGUCAUAAAGUUUGUAAUUCAAUGACUGGAAACUCAGAAGCAAAGUGGUUUAUAUCAUGGGCAUCUGGUACAACAGUUAGCUUGGAUAUGGGUAGACAUGUGUCUCAUAAAGGUGUUUUGCCUUUGGCGAGCACAGCAAUAUAUUUGAAAGAGGAAGCUGGUGUCCUAAAAUGUUCAUCCUUAAAAGAAACUCCAAAUGGAUUUUAUAAGGACAGUCACAUUUUUUGUUAUCUACCAUUACCAGUUAAUUCCCCUCUUCCGCUGCAUGUCAAUGGCUCAUUUGCCAUAUCAUCAAAUCGUAGACAACUGUCUUCAAAAACAACAGACGACAAAAAUGAUUUUGAGAAUGAUUGGAAUGAAGCAUUGCUAGCUGACGCUGUGGUCAACGCAUACAUUAAUUUGAUAGAGAACCUCAGUGAAAAAAACAUUUUAUGUGAUCGUUUACAAAAUGUCUGGCCAAUUCCGAACAAGGAAAUCCAAAAUAAAUUAUACAGUGCCUUUUACAGAACAUUUUACGAUUCAAUUAUUAAGCGAGACAGCAAAGUAUUUUGUAGUGAGAAACAAUGGCUGCCUUUAAGUCAAUGCAUUUUCUUGGAUCCAGAUUUACAAAGCUCGGAAAUAGGAAAAAUAGCAACAUUGGCAACAGCCAAUUAUAGACGAAGUGAACAUGUUUAUUUGAUUCUCCUUGAAAAAGAGAUUAUUGACGGCUAUAUUACACUGUUUGGAAAACUGCCAAAUAUCAUUCAAUCGAAAAUCAUAACCGUCGAAUGUUUCUACGUGGACAUCUUUUUAGAAAAUAUCGAUGAUGGUUUUUGGUCACUGGAUAUGAUUAAAUCACUUGUUGGCUUUGCAUUAGACCUUAACAAUGAAGAAAUUUGCUCUAAAAUGACCACUAUAAGAUGCAUUCCAACGUCAUUAAGCGGAACCUUGAACUUCUCAAAAGAACUUGUUGCAAAAACUGGAAAAAUAGCAACAAUGUUUUGUGAAGAAUACGAAAGGUUUCCUGCAGAAGAAUUUGAAAGUCAAAAUCGACAGACUGUCCUCAAUUCAAUGGGAAUGAUGAUUGAUGACAUAUCUGAUGAGCUCCUGUUAGAAAGAAUAGAAUCUAUUGAAAAAAUUGCAAAAACUUGCGCAAAAUGUGGCAUUGAGAAAUGUAAAUAUAUAUUGAUAUACAUUCAAGAAAGCAAACCAUUAAAAGAAAAUACAGCUCAACGAAUUAGAAACAUUCCGUUUCUUCCAGCGUUGCAGAAACCAGAAGAUUGGCUGUUCCCUUGGUUUCUUGAUGAAAGGAAAAACGAUUUAUAUUCGACAAUGUGUUCAAGACAUAGCGAGGACGUGUAUACCUAUAUUCUUGCUACACCAGCUGAACUUUUUAUGGACACUUGUAGAAACUUGGUAGGAUGUCAAAAGCUUGUUAUUGAUGUGUCAUCUUUGAAACUAUCUCUUUUUCCAAAGUUUGUGUUUCGUAAUUUAGGAGUUUUGUCGUCAGAGGACAUUCCACCAUUAACAGUGGUCCAACAAUUAAGCAAAAUAUGCCAAAAUGUGAAUCCUGAAUUUCUGCCGGAUACAUCCAAACAACUGCUCGGAAAGGUAUGCACAGAAAUAUAUCAAUUUUUAGACAAUGUGUGCAAAAAUGAACCUUCAGAGGAUAUUGGACAUCUGAAAAAUAUACCUUGCCUACUCGUUGAUGAUACUUUUGUAAAGCCAAGCCAAACUGCAUUAACCAUUCCUGUUAAAUGCAACCCAAAGUUAUAUGGAUUAGACCGAAUACUGUGGAAUAAACAUACAUUCUUCCUAGAAAAAAUUGGGGUAAAAAAAAUAUUUGAAGAAGAAGACGUGAUACCAGUUUUGAUGAAAAUGUCUCAGACGCAUAAAGGGGUGUUAGAUGAAAGAUCACUGGUGCUUGCAUGCAAUUUAGUUGAGUUACUUGCCAACGUAUGUAAGAGGCCUUUUCUUUCCGAUGACAACAAAGAUAUAUGUAUACCGGAUGAAGAAGGGACACUCUCUCCAAUCCGAAUGUUGUGCCUUGAUGAUAGCAAGUUGUUGCCAAAAGGGAAGUCAUUGAAAUUUAUACAUCCGAAAAUUAGAGAAGCAGACGCUAGAGUUCUUGGAGUGCAAUCGAAGAUCAGUGGAUCAUUAAUGCAAAAUUAUGUUCAGAAGUUAUUGCCAUUUGGACAAAAAGAAGAUUUAUCCGUUAGAAUCAAAAGAAUACUUCAACAAUAUCCGUUAAGUGAAGCGGUUCUGAAAGAAAUGUUGCAGAAUGCUGAUGACGCAAAAGCGAGCGAGGUCAUGUUUAUCACAGAUUUCAACAAAUACGGGACUGAAAAAACAUUUGAUUCUAAAUGGCAUCCUCUUCAAGGUCCUGCUCUUCUAGUCUACAACAAUAGUUUCUUCUCUGAUGCUGAUAUUUAUGGAAUUCAGCACUUAGGACAAGGAUCAAAGGGAGAUGAUCCCACAAAAACUGGACAAUAUGGUGUUGGAUUCAAUGCUGUUUACCAUAUAACAGAUGUACCUUCCUUUCUGUCAAAAGCGUCUGACGGAGCUGAGGAUACUCUGUGUGUUUUGGAUCCAAAUUGUAACUACGCAACUGGUGCAAAUGAAAACUCUCCUGGAGCUAGAUUUGUUGGAUUAAAUGACCUGCGAACACCUUUUCCCGAUGUUUUUGAGUGUUACCACGAAAACAUUUUGCUACAGUCUUCUGGAACGGUAUUUCGGUUGCCUCUGCGUACUAAGGUAUUUGCUGAGAAGUCUAAACUUUCAAGCAAGGAAGUGACAGAGGAAGAUAUAUUAAAAAUGCUACAAAACCUUGAAUCAGAGGUAACCAAGUCAUUACUGUUUCUACGGAACGUAAAAAAAAUAACAAUUGCAAGCAUUAAACACGGAAAACUUUAUGAAAAUAUUUGUACGGAGCUAGAAAUUUCAGAAGAACACCAAAAGGAGAAAUCAGCCUUUGAUGAAUACGUGCUGGAAAAAGCAAAACAAUUCAAAAAAAGUAAAGAUGUUUCCAAUAUAGAACAAAAGGAUGUACAGUAUGAUGUGAUUUUAAAAAGAACAUUUCAAACAGAUAGACGUUGGAGCAUAAUUCAAACAUUUGGAUUUAAUAGAGAGACUGUUAUACCAAGCUCUGUCCAGGAUGCUUUUGAUGAUAAUGAUUUAGGACUUUUGCCCCAGGGAGGAGUUGCAAUACCUUUGGACACUAUUUUAGAAGAAAAGGCGUUAGCAUUUUGUUUUUUGCCUUUGCCCUGUGAGACUGGAUUAACAAUGCACAUCAAUGGUCAUUUUUCCCUCGACAAUGAAUCUCGAAGAGGAUUGUGGAAAGAAGACAAGAAAGCUUACCGUACAGAGUGGAACACUCUAUUGCUCUGUGAUAUCAUCGCGCCAAUAUAUGCAAGAGCAAUGAAAUCGUUUCACUCUAUUCUUGGUCUAGAUUCAAUAACACAGGAAAACCGAGUUGCAAGGGACAAAAUAGACAAAUUUCACAGUUGUUUUCCAAAUAUUGCUAAAGCAAGUGAUCUUUACUGGAAAGAAUUUGUUAAGGCUGUUUAUAAGCAUAUUGCCAGGAUGCAACUAAAGAUGUUUUUGUCUUUUCGUUACAUUGAAAAAAAUAAAGCUGAAGUGUUAUCAUAUGCCCUGAAUGAAGGAAAUGAAAAUGUACUUUUUAGAGAAGAAACAGUGAAAAGUGAAAAUGUAAAAAUAGUUUCAAUAUCAAAAGAUCUUGGAGCAAAACUUGUAGACACACCGUUAUGGGUCUGUAAAAGCAUUGAAAGUGCAGGGAUCACUAUUACAAAGUUGAAUGCAGACAGUCUACUACGUUAUCUAAAAUCUACGGCAUGCCAAAUCAAUACUAUCAUUGAAGACACACAGCUAGAAUUGAAAACUUCUCCUCUGAAAAUACCCGAUCAUGUCAUAGCUUGUAUUGAAUUUUGCAUGAAAAGUAACAACUUCAGCAACGAAAUAGAUGGACUACCACUUUGUCUAUUAGAGACGGAAAAUGUUGUAAAGUUUAGUUUACAUAAACCUGUCAUAUUGACGCCAUUUUCAGACUUGAUUCCUAGUUCAAAAGAAAAACUACUCCACCAUAAGCUACACAAAAUUCUUCAACCCGAAAAUCUUGGGUGUAUAGAGAAGUUGAACAUUGAAAGAUUGGUGGAAUGUUUGCCUUUUGACAUUGACUAUGACUUAUUUCGUCAUAAUAUAUGUCAAUGGAAUCCAGAACAGUCCAAAAUUCCAAACAAACUAUGGUUAAAUAGAUUAUGGACGUUUCUCAGGUCAGAAAUAGGAGAUGUUCAUGAUCAAACCGAGGUGAAGCGUAUCCUUUUACCUAUUUUUCCUUGGAACAUAAUUCCCACAAGCAAGUUAGUUGGCAUUCAAUUUACUUCUGUAAUUGAUGUGAAAAAAGAGUUAUAUCCAUUAGAGAAAGCCAAUCAUGUCAUCGAUUUGUCAACAUUUCCAUCCUCAUUGAGACAAUCUUUGACAAAAUUAAAACUACCUGUUUUGGAUAGUAACUUAUUGCCUCCAGCACAUCCACUGGGUCAUAUUGUAUCAACCCAGAAUCGAGUUCAUGAUGUCUUAGAAUGCUUGUUUGUUCAUAGACAAUUGAUUGAGUGCAAUGAACAAUUAAAUAUAAAUGACUGUGACAAUAUUCUUGAGUAUUUUGCUGGUGGAUUACAACAGCUUCUUGAUUUACCAAAUAGACAAUACUGCCUUACAAUGCUUAGAAAAUUGCCUUUGUAUACGACAGUGCAUGGAGAGAAAAUGAAUCUUGAAGAAAAUCGUGACAUUUUAGCACUACCAGAGGGACUUCCUCCAGAUGGAAUGCAUAUUUGGGCUGAAAAGACAAGUAAAAUACUACUGCGUCAAAACAAUAGAUUAAAGUGCAUAUUUGAGCGUUUUAGUGUGACCAAACAAAGUGUAUGUGAAGUGUAUGUAGUGCAUAUUCUUCCCUGUUUUCAAAAUAUACCAGAAGUAAACAGAAUGAGACAUCUUGAAUACAUAAGAGACGACUUACUAAGACAAUCUUUUGUUUAUGAUGAUGAACAGCAAUGUCUCAUAAAAGCAUUAAAAAAAUUACCAUUCAUUCCACAAAAUGACGGAAAUUACAAAUUAGCUUCACAGUUUUUCAAUCCAUUCAACAAAUUAUUGGCUGUUAUGUUCGAAGAUCGUUCGCGUUUUCCACCAAAACCAUUUUCUUCCGAUGAAUGGAGAGAUUUUAUGAUUUUAGUUGGUAUGAGAUCAGAAAUAACGCCUGAGUUAUUUAUAGAGUUUGCAUUGCAACAAGAAUCUCAAGGACGUUGUGGCUUAUCUGAAAAACUUGAGGAAAGAUCCAAGUGUCUUGUUCAGCAUUUGUUGCAUUCUCCAAAAUUGCAUUCCAAAGAAUUUCUUCAACGCGUGAGUAAAAUCAAAUUUAUCGUCCCGUACAAAAUAGGGAAUACCUAUUGCACUAUAUGUCCCUACCCAUCUGAUGAAUCCAACCAUUUAAUAUCGUUUAGCAAUUCUGUACGGAGUAAAUUCUUAGUAACUGUAUGGACUCAACGCAGACUUCUGCCAACCUGGGUUGAUUAUGAAGCUCGUAACUUCAAUUUGUCUAAACUAGGAGUUCAGGAUCCAACUGCAAACAUGAUACUUACUCACAUUCAGAAAGUAUGUAGUCGUCUUGGAGUCCUCUCUGAAACCAGUCUUAACAAAUUGGGCUUACAAGAGAUUUCAAAAAUCAUGAGAACAUUCUAUGAGUAUGCAAGCGAUGUAAAGGUGUUAUCAUCAAUGGAUGUUUCGGCUUUGAAGAAAUUGCCUUUUGUCUUUGUAUCAGAAUUUCCAGGCGUAUUUCCAUGUGAACGAUUUACACUUCAAUUGGACGAAGAAUACAAAAUGAAACCAUACUUGAUGGCUAUACCAGAUGAAUUUUUAGGAUUUAUUCAACUCUUUGAAACACUUGGUGCAACAAGAAAAAUAUCUUCGAAGACAUUUGCCGAUAUACUAUAUCAAAUACACUCUAUAGGAGACAAUCUUAAUGCAAACGAGCUUACAGCUGUGAAGAAAGCAAUGCAGCUUUUCUUCGAGCUUCUCCCUCAAAAUGGUAGUUCUGAAGUGUUAUCGAACAAGGAUUUAUUCCUCUUAUCAAGAAAUGGAAAAUUGGUAGAGGCUAAAUCAUUAAUUUACAUGAACUUCUCAUUAUAUGAUUCGAUUUUUUCAGAAAAAGAAAAUUUGAAUAUUUUGUACGAUAGCUUUGAAAUUGAAGCUGAAAUCCUUCAAAAGAAAAUAAAAACCCUUCCUUGUGAAAUUCGACCAAAGUUCAUAUCGGAAGUAGUGACACAGCAUAUCGACACAAAGCAAGCCCAGAUUCAUACAAACAGGGCCUCACGACAAAUAAAUGAUUUUUUUAAAAGUGAUGAAUUCAUAAAUGGAGUCCUGAGGUUGGUUUAUAGAGAACAGCUCGAGAAAAAAGAACAGCAGUCCUCAGAUGAAAAGAUACGAACGUUUAAAGAAAAUUUGCGUAGAAUGCAACUGAUAUGUGCUAAAGGAAUGCAAAGAGUUUACACUUACGAAGGGAAAGAGAUCAAAAGAAAAACGUGUUCUCGGUAUUUUGAAUCGGCUGAAGAAAACGGGGAAAAAAUUUGUAAGAUUUAUGCAGACUUUCUUGAAGAAAACGACUCAGAAAAGGUUAUCAAUCAGAAUUAUGACAAUAUUUCUAGAGCAAUUAGGGAGUGUACAAGUUGUAAUUUCAAUAAUACAGAUGCCCUUUUGAGUAUGCUAUGCCAUGAAGUAAAACAGCCUGAAAAAAUUGAAACCGUUUUGGAUGAGCGUGAAGUUCCAUCUUUAAACAAAAAACAUAAAGUGGUUACGCUUCGAUUUCCUGAGCCCGGUGAUGUGGUAGAAAUUCGCUGGCAUGGUAUCCUUGAUAAUGCUUUUAUAUCGUUUGAACCUGGUGAAUAUGUGGCAUAUUUCUCUAGAAUGAACGAGCGUGGAGAUGUGGAGUACAAAUACGCGAUUAUAAAAGAAAAGGUAGCAUGUACAGUUGAUGCAAGUAGUUUAAUUUUUUUGCAAGCUUAUCUUGCUGAAAUUGAACCAGAAGUAGAAAAAGAAUUAAAAGUCUAUGAAUUGUACAAAUUCAACAGGUCUAAGGACCCUAAAGAUAAAAGCAUUUUUACUGAAUUCCAAGUUCAAGUUCUCCAUAAACGUACAGAAGAUGCAGAAACAAAUACUUCUUUUAACGAUAAUAGAUCACUCGACGAAAUAUUCAAAGAAAUCAGGGAUUUAUUAAAACAUGCGUUCACACUUCGUGAAGAUCAAAGAAGAAAUAUAUGUCGCAGAAUUAUGUUUAAGUGGCAUCCAGACAAAAACCCCGAUGACGUUCCAAGGGCAACAAAGGUAUUUCAGUACAUACGUAAAAUUAUACAAUUGCUUGAAGAUGGAAAAAACGUGGAUAUAGACGAUACGGAGGAACCUACAAAUAGAAGACAUCCAUGGAGUGAUGAUUUUUUCAGCGAAUUCGAAAAAUUUUACAGAAGAGAACAAGAAAACGAAAGGCGCUACCAAAGAACAAGAUCAACAAGCUCGCCAGGAACCGACGGUUACCAACGAUAUCAAAAUACCUAUUAUCCCGAUCCACAACCUUUUACAGCAAACAUGUGGCUUGAAGAAGCAAAAUAUGACAUGCGAUUUGCGUAUCAAUCGGAAGAUAGAGCAGAAUCAUAUUUCAGCUGGAUAUGCUUUACAAGCUAUCAGGCAGCAGAAAAGGCCCUCAUUGCAUGGCAAUACAAAGACGAUGCAAAAAAAGUAAAUCGCUCUGAAAGUCUUUUUAUUCUUGCUCAAUCUUGCCCUAAAGAAGUACGACGCCUGGCAACAGAUUUACAAAAUCUGACUCUGGAACCUCAAAGAAUGAGAUAUCCAGAGAGAGGUCAUCAACCAUCAAAGGCCUAUACCAGAUCCCAGGCCAGCAAGGCAAUGGAACUAGCCAACCGGAUUAUUGAAAAAGUAGAUGAGAAUUUAUAAUACAUGUAUGCCUCAUCUGCGUGUACUCUAAACAAAGCACAGGAAAGAAUUUCCUUUUAACGGAAGACAGUUUUAUAAAUUGUGGAAUUAGUUUUCUAGUUGUGGACCUUUAAAUAUUUGUAUAAAUGAUUGUGUUAAUACAGGGAAAGAUUUUG